AUGAAGAAACACAUAAUGAGUACUGAAGACGUUGAUAUACACUUGCAGAGUAUUUCAAAAGAAGUAUUAUGGGAGAAAAGACAUAAACGUAUCAAAAGGCUUAUUUACGAUGAACAGUUUUGCAAGCGUGUACCCAUCGAGAAAUUAGUCAAGUGUACCAGCGACACCUUGGAAUUAAAAGCCAGAGACGAAUUAAAAUACUUAGCUAUUCAUCUUUGGAUUCGAGCCACGGAAUAUCAGAGGGAUGUAACUACUAAUGAGCGUGAAUUAUUAUUCCAGAAAAUAUCCAUACUUUCAAAUGUGGAAGAUUAUCCCAAGGGAAUAGAAGCAUUAAUUACAACUACUUCUCAAGGUGAAAAAAUUGAAAGUUAUUCAAAUGAUAUCUUGAAGCUCCUCUCAGAAUGGAUAAUUGCUAUGUUUAAAAAACUUGAUGCUUUGCGUUCCAACAACCGAAACUCUUUUAGGACAAGCUUCCAGCUGAAAAAUCUUACUCAUUGCUUUCAUCAGACUAUGAUCCUUUUAACUAGCAUGAUUCGAGUGAAAUUCCAUGUUUUUGAGGAAAUGGCUAUUUCUAGUAUGUUAGCGAAUUGCAUUUGGAUAUGUAAGAAUACCACUGAUGUACAGGAUAUAGAGCUUGUUUUUUCACUUCUGAACUCUCUAAUUAGCCGUGGGUCAGUAUCCUCUUCUGUUUUAUUUUCCGUAAUUGAAAUGCUAUGCCGAGCCAAAUUUGGAUUAACUGCCAGUUCGAAUUCUGCUCAGCAAAUUAUUGAUAAGCUUUUGAAAUCUGCAAAAAAGUACGAGACUGUUUCUUGCCUGAGAAAAGUAUUAGAAAGUUCAAGUGAGAGCUCAUUAAUUGCUCAAAUGGGAGCAGUCAAAGUUUUAUGCAAUAUUUUGAUUGACCCUCCAAGAUUUGUAUACUGUACCCGAGGAAUGCUACUUGGAUUUAUGCUUCAAGCUUUGAACCAACAAUCUAGCAGGUUAGCUCUUGAAAUGUCUCGCUCUUUAUACAAUGCUUUGGAACACCGUUCAUUUUUUGAGCUGCUUUAUAUUGACGAAUGGAUAAGUUUGCUUGAUAUUUUAAUUAAAAUAUCUUCAUCUUUACCAAAGUCAUCCAAUUAUGAAAGAGAGACCUGGAAACACAGUGAACCGAAUAUUAUUGAAUCAAUUAAGACCUAUCAAAUCCGGAAUAUUAAUUUGUUAGAGGAUUUCUUUCAAGAAUUUACGAGUAUUGUUUUAUUGGAUAAGUUUUUCGAUCUCUUGAAGGUCAAUUCUUUCUAUUUGUCGGAUGAUCUUCGUAAAAAAAUGCUUCUAGUUCUCGACGAAAGAGCUCAGAUGCCUCACCUAAGUAGCUGGUUUGACGACCAAAAACUACUUGUCGAUAUUUAUAUGAACCUUAACAAUUCUUAUGAGGUGCGUAUUUCGUUAUUGCCUUCUUUUCGUAAAUUCUUACGUUCGUCUCCUGGUCAGCACCGAUCUUCCGUUUUCAGGACAAUCCUUUUUCCAUUACUCAAUUCUUUAAAUAGAUACCAUUCAGAUGAGUUAACUGAAAAUGUGUUCAGGUUGGUAUGUGACUUAUCCGGUGUAUAUCCACCAGACAUAUUUUACGAAGUCAAUGCUAUAUUAAAAAACUUUGCCCAUAAUAAUGAAAUGGGUGAAGUGCAGCUUGCUUCAAUUCAAGCAAUAUCAAGUAUGGCAUUUUAUUAUGUUAUGUUACCGGAAUUCAAAUCGAUCUUAUAUGAAGAAUUGGUUUUAGUUAUUAAAAAUUUGAAAAUUCGUCGUUCUUAUCGGGUCGCUCCAUUACAGAUGCUUUUACAACUACGGAUUAAUUCGAAUGGAUAUUGUUUUUUGAAUGUUUCACCGACUUCUCAGGCGCUUUUAUCGAAAUACGAAAACCAAUGGUACAACCCUUUUAUAUCUGACGAAGCAUUAAAAUGCCGUGAUAAUAAAGUAAAGUUUAGAGAUCUAUCAUUUGCUGCUGUAUUUCAGCGAUUUCCGUUAAAAGCUAACACGGAUUCGAAAACGUCAAAGGGGCUAAUCAAAAUUCCCGUUGAAGAAUGGGUUUCAGCUAUAAUGCAUAUAGUUUUACAUGAAAGCGAUGCAGAUAUCGUGGAGUAUGUUUUCAUUAAUUUUACUAAUCAGCUGAGAAGCUCAUCAAUGUUCUUUACUUGCCCUAAUGCGUUAAAGAAAAUUCUACAAUUUAUGUUAGAGAUCACGACAGGUAAAUAUACCUCAACCUUUAAUUCUCUUUCCGGUAGUAGAAAAGAAAGAUUUUUGGUUCUUCUAUCUAAGGUUUUGUCUGUUUUAAUGGUGUAUAAAGAUGCAUUUCCUCAAAAUUGUCAUGAACAAUUCUUUCGGUUAUUAAAUUAUUUCCUUGAGAAGGGAGAGAGUACCACGGAAUCCUGCAUCGACAUUUUAAUUAUUAAUUGCUAUGCAAUGCAUUCUUUUUCAGUUUCCUAUAUGCCCAAAUUUUUCUCUUUGAUUAUGUCUUCGAAUAUAAGUGAACGAAGCCUCGUAAACUUUUUGCGUCUACUUCAUGUAGUGAGUAAUAACCCUGUACUUACUGAUGGAUUAGACGUCGAGACGAUUCAAAAGAUUUGUCUCUUUUGCUUAAGUAUUAUUCGCUCGCGAACAGACGAAAUUGAUAAAAAGAAAGGCUUGGUCAACCCAAAUGCAAAACUUUUUAAUCUCUAUUUGAUUACUUUUUCUUAUUACAUUAUCUCAAACAUAUUUUUGUCGUGUCCGCUAUCACAGAGGCCGCACUUAGUUUCAUUUUUGUUGGGUGAAUUUUUAAGGAGCAGAAAGCCUGUUCAUUUUGAAGGAUAUGAAAAAGUUUUUUACGAACUAUUACUCCGGUUUACCUAUUCUGAUGAAAGGUUGGAGAAUUACAACAAAGACAAAAAGUUUUUGUUUAAUAAGUAUUCAAAAACUUGGAUUUAUAGAGGUUGCGUGAUAACCAUAAAUGCUCAGUACGAAAUUGGGGAUUUUGAAAUGACUAUUCGAAGAAUGUCUGGUACAACCAUAUAUCAAUUACAUGCCAAUACAGCCGACUAUGAUAUAAUGAAGCAUGGAAUUAAAGAAAAUGUUGUCAGCAGUGAAAUAAGACAAAUGCACCUUCUGGAGCAAUCUACAAGUCAUAUUUUUAUGGAAACAAUUUUAGCUCCAUUGGAUAACGAGGAAGAAGAACCAGUGUUGGUUCAACCGAGCGAGUAUGCAGCAGAUCUAAUACAAUGUCUCGAUGGUACUCAUAUACGGCCUGUAAUUAACAUAGCUGUUGUUCUUCAAACAGACGAGUAUAAUGGAGAUAUAAACACGACUGUUGGAUGGCAGUUGUUUUACCGGCUGCUGGAAAGCUUCGGGGUAGAAAAAAAGUUGAAGACCGGAGAAACUGUAUAUGUGUGGACGAGUAAGACGAUAGAAAUUGUCUUUCAGCAUAUAAAGGAUCCUGAAAGAGAUACGGAAAAGGUCCUUUUCAGCGGCAUGGUUUUAAUUGCUUCUGAUGAUUUGGUGGAAUCUUCAAUGAUGGAUUGGGAGUCUUUCAACGUCCCUGUAAUAAUCAAGUUGUCGCUUGAUUCGCAUUUGGACGCCUUGAAAAUGUUUGAUACGUUGUUUCACACACGAUUAGAAAUUAUCACAACAGAUGUGGAUAUAUCCCAUCAAGGAUAUUGGAAGUUGGAUCAAACCGUUGCCGUUUCAUCUGUACCACCUUUGCUUCAUUCCUUUUUAGCGGAUAUGGGACUGUACCAGCAGUUGUUUGAAAAUUUCGCCUACGUACAUCCCUGGCUUUUGCGCCAGCAAUUUGUUGACGAACUAAAUACAAUUAAUCACAAGCAGGCUUCCGCAGACCCUUCACGAAGUGAUUUAAAAAACAAAACAUAUGAUUUUACGAUUUCCCUUUGA